AUGGCAGAAUAUUUAUUUAGUCAAUUGAAAUUUUUUGACUUCAUAACACUUACACUGGAAUUCGAGAACAAAGAAACUUUAAUUAUUCGUCUUAUAAUAUUAAUUUUAACUGUCAAGAUGCUUUAUACAACAUCAUUAAUGAAAGUAAUUCCACAGACUCCUAAAAAUAUAGAAUCAGAUAAAUUCAUAUUUUCUUCAACUCCAGAAAUCUCACAUGGAACAAAUCGUAGUCGAGAUUUUUUUGGUUUAAUAAAAAGGCGUUCAACUCAUGUUAAAAGUAUUUAUUCACGUCAUCCAUUGUAUCAUCAUGCUCCACAUUGUCGUCAUCAACAACAACAUCAGCGUUAUCAUAGUCAUCUACGUAAAGAAUGCCCAUAUCUACGUAUAACUCAUAAACCUAGUACAUCAAAACCUCAAAUGACAAUUCACAAAUCAAUAAGUAAACAACUCUCUUUACCAGUUGAUUAUACAGAUGAGCAAAAAUCAUUUUAUUCUUCUACUGGAUUAUUAAAAACUAAUUCUAUUUUAGGUGAUGAUAUUGAGUCUGGAUUAAAUAUACAUGACGAUGAUUUGCAUUCCUGUGUAAGUAUACAUAAAUCCAACAUAACAAUUGAGAGACCAAAUUCCUAUUUCUCAGGUAGUUCUUCUUCUUUAACCUCAUGUUUAAGAUGCUUAAAUUCAGCCCAAACCGUAUCAUCUCAUACAAAAGCCGUUGAUGAAAUAAACUAUGAUUCAGAACCACAAUGUUCACGUAAUUCUGUUACAUCAAAUAUAUCAAAGUUAAAAUAUUUUGAUGAUACAGAUACGAGUAAUUUGUUUGAUAAUGUACAGAAAGAUACAUUUAAAGAUCGUCUACUCUAUUUUCCUACAAUAAGUAAUCAAUUAAUGUUGACAAAUCCUACUAGACGUCCAUUUUAUUCUAAUCACAAUAAUUCUGAUGAGAUUGAAAAAUAUGAUAGUACUAGUACAAUUGAUGCUAAAUUUUCUUUACCAAAAAAAGAAUUGAAAUUCGCUGUACCAGAAUUUUUAAUGCCCAUUAUAGAUCGUCGUACAUCAUCACAAAUAGUUAAUGUUAAGCAAAUAUCGGCAUCAACAUUAAAUCUUGAAAAUAAAUUGUUGAAAAGACGAAAAACUAUUAAAGAACGUUUCAAACAGUUACACAGUGAUUAUGAUGGUAGUAAAUUUUGGAAUAAAUUAAAUAAAAAUUUUAAAAUGAGUGAAGUUAAAAAUUUGUCCAGUACUAGAUCAAGAUCAAGUAUGGCUAUUUCUAUGGAUUAUACACACCAUAAAGAUUCUGUUUCACGAUCUAGUAAUACAUCAUGUGAUGAUUGUAGACGAAUUACCAUUAACGUAAGUGGUUUAAAAUUUGAAACAUGGCUAACUGUACUUGAACGUCAUCCAACCACUUUAUUAGGUGAUUACAAUAAACGUAAACCAUUCUAUGAUGAAUAUCGUAAAGAAUAUUUUUUCGACAGGCAUAGGCCUAGUUUUGAAGCAAUAUUUAAUUACUAUCAGUAUGGUGGUCGAUUAAAACGACCAGCUACAGUUUCUGAUGAUGUCUUUCUCACUGAAUUAGAAUUUUUUCAAAUUGAAUCUGAAGCAUUAGAUGUAUAUAAAAAAAAUGAAGGUUAUGUACCGGAUAUUAUUGUUCUACCAGAAAAUUUAAUAAAACGUAAAUUAUGGAUGUUAUUUGAAUAUCCAGAAACAUCUAUAUUAGCAUUUACUUUCUCAAUGGCAUCAUUUAUUUUUACUGUUAUUUCUAUUAUAUUAUUUUGUAUUGAAACUUUACCAGUUUAUGCUCAAACACAUUGUGAACCUGGCGCAAGACCAAAUUUUCGUGAUCCAUUUUUUAUUAUUGAAACAUUAUGUACAUUUUGGUUUACUAUAGAAAUUUUUAUACGUUUUAUUAGUUGUCCAAGUCAAAAAAUAUUUAUUAAAGAUAUUAAAAAUUUAAUUGAUUUAGCUGCGAUUGUACCAUAUUAUAUAACAUUAUUCAAUGUUUUAAUAACAUUUAGUUGUGAAGGGGCGAAAAAUAGUGCUAGUUUAGCAUUUCUACGUGUAAUACGUUUAAUUAGAGUAUUUAAAUUAACAAAACAUUCAUCUGGCUUACAAGUGCUUGUUUUAACUUUUAAAGAAAGUAUUGAAGGAUUAAGUUUAUUUCUUGUUGCAUUCAUUGUAUGUAUAUUAGUAUUUUCUAGUACAAUUUAUUAUGUAGAAAUUGAUAGAAAAGGUUCACAAAUUGAAAGUAUACCAGAUGCAUUUUGGUGGGCUGUAAUUACAAUGUGUACUGUUGGUUAUGGGGAUAAAGUACCAAAAGGACCAUUGGGAAAAGUUGUUGGUAGUGUAUGUGCUGUAGCUGGUGUAUUAACAUUAGCUAUACCAGUACCAAUUAUUACAGAAAAUUUCAAUAAAUUUUAUGCUCAUAAAACCGGUCGUGGUAGAAGAUGA